AUGGACGAUGAGAUGGAGACCACCUUCCGCAACGUCAACAUGGAUUUUCUUGACCCCACGAAACUGGACAUGCCCUCGGAGACGGCUGGAGGAGCCUUUGACGACCUCUUCUCCCAUGUCACCCACUCCCGCUCUAAUGCCGCUCCCGAGUCCUCUAAGCAUCUCCUGAAUCAGCACCCCCUGAGGCAGCCGCCUGCCAUGGCCGCUGAUUCCCCGGCAGAGUCCCCGGACAACUCGAGCCGCAGUUCCUCAUCGGAGUCACCCCGAACUCAUUUGCGCCAGGCCUCGAUCGCAUCCACAAACUCCGCCGCCCACAGCGAGAACCCAUUGUCAGCCACCGGUUUUCCCUCUGAGGACUGGAUGCGUCCCGACUUGGCUUCGGUCAAGGAGGAAUCUCCAUUCACAAUAGAACCGUCUUACCCUAUGGAUGGCAGCUUUCCGGACUUGGAGUCUAGCAACAAGGCGAUGGAUGCGGCAUUCGAUUUCGAAAGUGCGGCGAGCAGCCCCAGUCCGUUGAAAACCGAUAACCCGCCUCAGCCCAAUUCUCAGCACCUAAGCAAGUCACACCUUUGGAGUCCGUCAAGCGUUUCAACUGUACCGGCAUCAAACGAUGCCCCGGUAGCACCAUCAGUUCAUACACCCGGGUCCCCCUUCUUCUCCUUUGGACUGAAAGAACAAUCUCCUUUCUCGGGGUCUGCUCACGGUCUGUCCGCUCCGCAAUGGACCGGGCAGUCCCCAUCCUCGCUUUUGGAAGAGAGUUUCGGUGGCAUCGAUAUGAACGGACAGUCCCCGCUCAACCCUUCUUUAUCGCAUAGCAUGAACUUUUACUCCCCCGGCUCGUUACCGUUCCCGGCCAAUCUCGUGUCUUCCCCGGCCCAGCAUCAGAUGGAUACCGCGAAUAACUUGCAGCCUGUUCUGACAGUCCAUCCGACAUCUCUCAAAUCUCGCGUCGAGACCCAAAUUCCCAUCCGAUUAACGCUCUCUCCACUGCCAGCCGGCGUGAAAAAGUUGCGCCUGCCGUCACACACCAUCUCCAAACUCAAAUUCCUCGCCCCUCCUUCUACCGAAUCUACUCCCGACACUCUCCGAUUGCAUACCAGUCUGGUGUGCUCGAGCGCAAUGCAGGACCGAGAAAAGUUAAAGCGGGCCUUUGCUCGGACACGGGGUGAGCGGAAUGCGAAUGGCAUCGAGGAGGAGCGGCCAUUGGAUGGUGGAGAUGUGAAGAUUUGUGGAGGUUGUAUCCAAAGAGAACGCAAGCGCGCUUCUCGCAAAAAGCAACGAAAGCCUGAGGAAGAUGAGCUGUUCCAGAAAGAUGAGGAGAAGCGCGUGAUUGUGUUCAACACGAGUGAACUCAAGGAAUGGACAGAACCGCCCAAAAACACUUCUUCUGGCUAUAACGAAAUGCCGUCAGCUCCCCCGGGAUCGAUGCAGGUAGAGUUGCCAAUGCGCAUUGCAUGCUACUGCCGGCAUCAGAACGAGAAGCUUGGGUUCCAGGUCAUUUUCACGGUUAAGGAUCACAUGGACAACGUUGUUGCUCAGGCCAUCACAAAUUCCAUCAUGAUCACCGACGAUCACAAAACGCAGGCUCCAUCUGCACCUCCCACGGGUCCUGCAGCAGCUCUGUCAGACGGAUCUUCGUUGCCUGGUGCUGGUGUCUUUUCAUCCGGUCUAAAUGGCGAGAACGGCAAAGCCAAUGGUGCAUUUGCGUCACCACAGUCCCCCACUGACCUUCAAGGUCUCCAGCAAAGGUUCAAUUCGCAAUACCAACUGACACCGAGCUCAUUCGCUACAGCUCAGUCCUCAACCAAUGGCGUUUCAUCGAACUCUCAAACACCUCGAAGCCUAUCUCGACAGGCUUCGCCAACAGAUUUCCAGGGCCCGCAGACCAAGAGGCGGAAGCACAGCAGUUCAGCAAGACUGCCCUCGGAGCUGACGAUGACUCGGAUGGAGACACCUCAAUCAUCGAGUUCAGCUAUGAACAAUGCUGCACAGCUCGCCGCUGCCCGCGGUUUCACUUCACCAACAGAGAGGCCGUUUGUGACACCAACGGCUAUGUCCGGGCAAUAUGGAAAUGGACCCCCGACGCCUAAUCAAAGCAACGAUCACAAUCCGUUCUUCAACCCCAGGCCUGCUCAACGACAAAGCUUGGACAGCCUGGCUCAACAACCUAUGGGAUCUGCGCCUAACUCGGCACAGCCCAGUCGUCCCGGCACCCCUGGUGCUUCUAGCCGCAACGGAUUCCAGGAUCAGAACCUUGCUCUCGCGCUUGGUGCCAACUCUGCAAGUCAAAUUUGGCCUUCACUCGCUACUACUCCCAACCGGUUGCCGUCGGUGAUCCACAAACUUGUGCCUGCUGAAGGUUCAAUUACCGGAGGUACAGAGGUUACAUUAUUGGGCAGUGGCUUCUACCCUGGUAUGGAGGUUGUCUUUGGUGAUACUCUCGCAACUACCACCACAUUCUGGGGUGAUAAGUGCCUUAACUGCUUGACCCCUCCUGCUCUUCAGCCAGGGUUGGUGUCAGUGAUGUUCAAACACGAGCACCCGACUUUCGGUCAAGUGCAGCAACCUCAGACGCUCAUGCCCAAACAACAACUAUUCUUUAGAUAUGUGGAUGACCGCGAGCUGCAAAUGUAUCGCCUGGCACUCAACAUUCUUGGACAAAAGCUGGGCAGUCAAGCGGAUGCAUUCCAGACAGCUCAGCAGAUCAUGGGAAGCGACCCAAAUGCUAUCUUUAACAUGCAAAAGGAUAUGCAGGGCGGUGGCUCCUCUGGUGGUCAUCAGCGACAGGUGCCAGGGCACGAAUCCCAGGGCAAGCUCAGCGAUCUUGAUUCCAAAAUGCUGACUUAUCUGGAAUUCAUCGACUUGGACGACAGCCCGCGGCCCCCACGCUACAACGCUCGCAACACAACCGGUCAGAGUCUUCUUCACUUCGCGGCUUCGUUGGGUUUGACCCGAUUCGUCGCCGGACUUUUGGCGCGCGGAGCCAACCCUGAUGUACAAGAUAACACGGGCAAUUCACCUAUGCAUCUGGCCGCUCUGCAUGGUCAUGCUCACAUCGUUCACCGACUUCGUCUGACAGGUGCCAAUGCCAAUGCCCGCAGUGUGCGAGGCUUCACUCCUGCCGACUUGGCGACCACCCUCACUGCCCACCAGGCUGCUUUGCUUCCGUCUCGUCACUACCGGUCUCGCAGUGUUGGAUCCCUCGGCUCCCGCCGCAGGCACAGCAGCACUGCGUCUCUCAACUCCCUUUGGGAGGCCUCGUCGGCUUCUGGCUCAUUGGGCCAUGCCGUCGACGACUCGAGCGAUCUGGAAGAUGACGAGGAUAGCGAGGACUCUGAUGGCAAUCCUCUUCAUUUGAGCUUGUCACGACGAUCAAGCAUGCAUCAAGAUGUCAUUCCGCCGGUCAUGGACACUGUUGAAUCCCCUGCGACACCGGGCGAUGCUCGUGGGUUCUCUACGCCAGAAACGAUCGUCGCAUGGCGGAAUCAGCUGGCUGCACAGAUUCAUCAGUUCCAGCAGAGUGUGGCCAAUGCCUUCCCCAAUAUUCCUGCUCUGCCUCCCAUGCCCGCGCUGCCGGAUUACCAGGCCAACCAAAUGAUGCGUCGCAUCACUAAUCUGGUGCCUAACCGACCUACCGCUCGGGAUGGAUGGUGGGAUCUAUUGAAGGGCAACACUGCCCAGGGUCACACUCAACCCCCGUCCUAUGAUGAACUGUACCCACACCAGCAGGAUUCACCGGAAGAGGCCGAAAUGAAGAAGUCUGCUCUUCUGCGUGCAGCCACUGAGGCGGCUUUGGACCAGCACUUCGAAGCACAGACCAAUGUUGGCUCUGCGUCCGCAUCUACAUCAGCCGCUGCUACUACAACCGAGCGUCCUGCAUCAGCCAAGGACGAUCUCAAAGACAUCACAAUCGGCCGAAAGGUCAUUUCGCGUGAACAACAGAAGCACCUCCGAGAGCAUCAGGCCCGGCGAAUGAAGGGCCUGGGCAGCGACCGGAACCUCUACUUUGUUUGGAUUCCCCUUCUGCUUCUUGUUGUUUUCGCAUGGAUUCGCAACUAUGUGCCCGGUAUCUGGCAAGGCGUCACGGAAACCUAUGAUUUUGUGAAAGCUCGCGCAACACAGCGGGCUGUGGAAAUGGGCAUUUAG